AGGGAGACGCCUAGAAGAUGGAGGCCCAGAUUCUUGAGACAUUUCUCUUUCUGAUCUAGCAGGAGGGACAAAGAGCUCCACUCCCUCAUUCCCCAAGAAGCCCCCAAGCCUACCCAGUUUCCGUGCCCAUUCUGCCCUGGGAAAGCGGCUUCCCAGUUGAAGUCACGAGGAGUUCUCCAAGAAAGGUCUGCUGGCUGAUUCUUCGUUGACCUACCAGUCCCUGCUAUCAAGGACGCCAGAACCUCCUUAUCUAUUUUUCUUGAAUCAUGAGAGAUGAAAUUGCAACAACAGUUUUCUUUGUCACAAGAUUGGUGAAAAAACAUGAUAAACUAAGUAAACAGCAAAUAGAAGACUUUGCAGAAAAGCUGAUGACGAUCUUGUUUGAAACAUACAGAAGUCACUGGCACUCUGAUUGCCCUUCUAAAGGGCAAGCCUUCAGGUGCAUCAGGAUAAACAACAAUCAGAAUAAAGAUCCCAUUCUAGAAAGGGCAUGUGUGGAGAGUAAUGUGGAUUUUUCUCACCUGGGACUUCCGAAGGAGAUGACCAUAUGGGUAGAUCCCUUUGAAGUGUGCUGUAGGUAUGGUGAGAAAAACCAUCCAUUUACAGUUGCUUCUUUUAAAGGCAGAUGGGAGGAAUGGGAACUAUAUCAGCAAAUCAGUUAUGCAGUUAGUAGAGCCUCAUCAGACGAUUCCUCUGGCCCUUCCUGCGAUGAAGAAAGUUGUAGCAAGGAACCUCGUGUCAUUCCUAAAGUCAGCAAUCCAAAGAGUGUUUAUCAGGUUGAAAACUUGAAACAGCCCUUUCAAUCUUGGUUCCAAAUCCCCCGCAAAAAGAAUGUGGUGGAUGGCCGUGUUGGCCUCCUGGGAAACACUUACCAUGGCUCGCAGAAGCACCCUAAGUGUUACAGGCCUUCUAUGCACCGGGUGGACAGAAUUUUAUAACCCACAUUUGGGAAUGAAUUUGCGGUACCUGAUAGAAGAAAGCACCUUGGAAGGUGCUGCCUUGGGCUUCCAUGGCAGGAAGAUGAGAAGCAACUUUCAGGGUGAUUUCUGGAGCCUGAAAAGAAUAAAAACAAAACCAAAGCUA